GGAAACCUCAGGGCCAGCCGCGGAGACAGCUGCCGCCUUGUUCCGCAGCCCGGUGGCUUUUCUCCCCGCCCCCCCUUCCCCUCUUUGCAGAGACCAGACAUCCCCGCCCUCCCCCACCCCUGCCCCACCUCUCAGGGGAUUCUUUCCGCCCCGGCUCUGAAAGCGUUAACCCGGGAGCUUUUCGCGGCCCCGCACCCCACCCCCCAAUCCCCACCGCCCGCUCCCGCCCAAGGUUCCUAAAAAGGGAAGGUGCAAAGUUUGGUCCAGGACAAAGAAAUGACUGAUCAAAGCCAGCGAGACUUCCUGUUGCUGGAACGUUAUAUAAAACGUCACCAACGCAGUGGCUGCCGAGAAGCACCUAGCGUUGCUGGCCCMGCCGCUGCCACCGCCGCCGCCGCCUCCCAGCGCCUGAGGUUUCCCGGGGACCACAAUGAACAAGUGGCUGUGCUGCGCGCUCGUGUUCCUGGACAUCUCUAUUAAAUGGACCACCCAGGAAACUUUUCCUCCAAAGUACCUUCAUUAUGAUCCAGAAACCUCUCGCCAGCUCAUGUGUGACAAAUGUCCUCCUGGCACCUACCUAAAGCAACACUGUACUGCGAGGCGAAAGACCGUGUGCACCCCUUGCCCUGACCACUACUACACAGACAGCUGGCACACCAGUGACGAGUGUCUGUACUGCAGCUCAGUGUGCAAGGAGCUGCAGUAUGUCAAACAGGAGUGCAAUCGCACCCACAACCGUGUGUGCGAGUGUGAGGAAGGGCGCUACCUCGAGGUAGAGUUCUGCUUGAAGCACAGGAGCUGUCCCCCUGGAUUUGGAGUGGUGCAAGCUGGAACCCCGGAGCGAAAUACGGUUUGCAAAAGAUGUCCAGAUGGGUUCUUCUCCAAUGAGACGUCCUCUAAAGCUCCCUGUAGAAAACACACAAACUGCAGCAUAUUUGGUCUCUUGCUAACUCAGAAAGGAAAYGCGACGCAUGACAAUGUAUGUUCUGCAAACAACGAAUCGACCCAAAAAUGUGGAAUAGAUGUCACCCUGUGUGAAGAGGCAUUCUUCAGGUUUGCUGUUCCUACGAAAUUUACCCCUAAUUGGCUCAGCAUCCUGGUAGACAAUUUGCCAGGAACCAAAGUAAAUGCAGAAAGUGUUGAGAGGAUAAAGCGGCGGCACAGCUCACAAGAACAAACUUUCCAGCUGCUGAAGUUAUGGAAGCAUCAAAACAAAGACCAAGAUAUGGUCAAGAAGAUCAUCCAAGAUAUUGACCUCUGUGAAAAUGGUGUGCAGCGGCAUAUUGGGCACGCAAACCUCACCUUUGAGCAGCUUCGAAGCUUGAUGGAAAGCUUACCGGGGAAGAAAGUUGGAAUAGAAGACAUCGAAAGAACAAGAAAGACAUGCAAAUCAAGUGAGCAACUCCUGAAGCUGCUCAGCUUAUGGCGAAUAAAAAAUGGCGACCAGGACACCUUGAAAGGCCUGAUGCAUGCGCUCAAGCUCUUGAAAACAUACCACUUCCCCAAAACUGUCACACACAGCCUGAAGAAGUCCAUCCGGUUCCUUCACAGCUUCACGAUGUACAGAUUGUACCAGAAGCUAUUUUUAGAAAUGAUAGGCAACCAAGUCCAAUCAGGAAAAAUAAGCUGCUUAUAACCGGACUCACAAUGGGCCAGAUCUGAUGGAUAAGUAGACUGUUUCUCAGGCAUUGAAGGGGUACAGUGAUUUCUUUCUCAUCACUAAUGGCUAAUUUUGCCACAGGGCACUAAAAGCAACUAUGAUGUAAAGAAAGAACUAAUGUCUCCUGAAAACUUCCCCAAUAAACCCCAAAUAAUUGAUCCAACUGUCAGGAUUGGCCCAGUGUCCACUGACUGUAUGUUCCCAUGUUACUGCUUACAGUAAUUUAACUGGAAA